CCUGUGUCAGGUGACUGCUUCAUCUUCUCGACUUAAUGUCGGGUUUAUGGUCUUGAAACUGUUUGAUAGAAUGCCACUGUCACGGAGAACAGGGGAAACAAAAGGACCCACAGAAUGAGAAAAAGGAGCCAUCAACCAUUCAUACGCAACAACCAGCAGAUAAGGCAAAGAUAAGGCCCCUGUAAUUCUUAUUCAUAUCCGUCAGCUUCCAAUCACAUACACACAACAUAAAUAUAUCUUUUGAAUCCAUUUCUGUAGCCACUUAUAUAUACUUUACGUAGAUACACUUGUGACCACAAGAGUCGAGACCACCGGAACCCAGAUCGAUUUCGGCAAUGGCCACCACCACAGCAGCUGCCUCCUCCCAUUUAUUUGGAACCCGUGUCCUUACCCAGAAGCCAAGUUCUGCAAAAUUCCAAGCAAGAUUCGGGUUUUUGAAAAAGAAAGCUCCAAAACCCCCAAAAAAAUCAACCGCAAAGCCAAAACCCCCACCAUCAGACCGUCUGGUAUGGUUUCCGGGUGCCAACCCGCCGGAAUGGCUCGAUGGGACCAUGAUCGGGGAUCGUGGGUUCGAUCCUUUCGGGUUGGGAAAACCCGCGGAGUACUUGCAGUUCGAUUUAGACUCGUUGGACCAGAACUUGGCGAAGAACGAGGCUGGGGAGAUUAUCGGGGUGAGGACGGAGACCACGGAGAUAAAACCGACCCCGUUUCAGCCUUACACGGAGGUGUUCGGGUUGCAGAGGUUCAGAGAGUGCGAGCUGAUUCAUGGGAGAUGGGCAAUGCUGGGCACUCUCGGCGCUAUCGCCGUGGAGGCACUCACCGGUGUUACGUGGCAAGACGCCGGAAAGGUGGAGCUAGUGGAAGGAUCAUCUUACCUUGGCCAACCCCUGCCUUUUUCCUUGACCACAUUAAUAUGGAUUGAAGUUUUGGUAAUUGGCUACAUUGAAUUUCAAAGGAAUGCGGAACUUGACCCUGAGAAGAGGUUAUACCCUGGAGGCUACUUCGAUCCCCUCGGUUUAGCCUCUGACCCUGAGAAGGUCGACAACCUUAAGCUGGCAGAGAUCAAGCAUUCCCGGCUAGCCAUGGUGGCCUUCCUCAUCUUCGGAAUCCAGGCUGCAGUCACCGGCAAGGGUCCCAUCGGCUUCGUUGCUACCUUUAACCAGUGACUCACUAUUGUAUAACAUCAAGUCCUUUCAUUCUUGUCUCCUAAAAUUUUUCUUAAGCUCUAUUUGAGUUUAGACGUGAUUUUGAAUAAAUUUAUAAUUAAUAC